CUCAUCAGCGCCGAGACCGGCUCUUAUUGGCGGAACGCGUCCAGGGAAAGGGGGCGUGGCUUGAGUUUGACUUGAGUUCGGUGCGGUGCCGAGGUCGGAGCCCGGCUCGGGGAAGGCGGCGCUUCUGUGUGCUCAAUAGCUGGUGGUUGGUGAGGGGGCAUUGGGGCGUAGUCUAGCGACCUCGGGGGCGGGGCCUCCAUGGGGUUCCUAUACUCAGCGGCGGGUCUGCUGUUUUGCCUUCAUUCAUUUUCUGGCCGGCAUCGUCAUGCAAAGGGUCGCGGUGGUCACUGGAGCCAGCAGCGGAAUUGGUUCUGCAUUGUGUGAACGCCUUCUUCAGGAAGAUGCCAGCCUCCAUCUCUGCCUAGCCUGCAGAAACAUGGAGAAGGCCAACACCACCCGUAAGAAACUGUUGUCCUGUUUCCCCCAUGCAGAAGUCAGCAUUGUUCAGGUAGACGUUGGCAGUGUGGCAUCGGUUCUCAAAGCUGCCAAAGAGAUCAAAAAGAGAUUUCAGCAUGUAGAUUAUCUCUUCUUGAAUGCUGGGAUCAUGGUAAAUCCACGUAUCAGCUUCUCAGCUUUCAUUCAUGGCCUCUUCUCCAGGAGGGCAUUCCGGAUGCUAACCACAGCAGAAGGCCUGAUGAGUCAAGAGGAUCGUGUAACUCCAGAUGGCCUGCAGGAAGUCUUUGAAACCAACAUCUUUGGGCAUUUCAUACUGAUCCGACAGCUGGAAUCUUUGCUUUGCUCUUUUGAAAGGCCCAGCCAGCUCAUUUGGACCUCCUCGAUCAGCGCCCGCUGUUCUAACUUCAGUCUCGAUGACUGCCAGCACAGCCGAGGCAAAGAGGCCUACAGCUCCUCUAAAUACGCCACUGAUCUUACUAGCGUGGCUCUCAACAGCCAUUUCAACAAACAGGGACUGUAUUCCAGUGUUGUGUGUCCAGGAGUUGUGAUGACCAACAUGACGUAUGAAAUCCUGCCUUCUUUCAUCUGGAAGUUAUUUUUCCCCAUCAUGUGGCUGAUCCGCCUUUUCACUCACACUUAUACGCUGACGCCUUACAAUGGAGCAGAAGCCCAGGUUUGGCUAUUCAAGCAGAAGCCAGAGACGCUGGACCCACUGGUGAAAUUUCACAGCUGUACCACAUUAUUUGGGAAGAAUUAUGUUGACAGCCGCAAGAUGGAUAUCAACCAAGACCUGGCUGAGAAGUUUUACCAGAAGCUGUUGGAACUUGAGGUGGAACUUUUGGCAAGAUGUGGUAUCCCAACACACAAACAAUAACUAGUCAACAUCUCCUGGCUGUUGCCUGUCUUCCACAGCAGUGGGACUUUAUUGUUUCUUGUUUGCAAAGCAAACCUCACUAAAGAGUUGACAUCAGGCUUUCCUGGAGCUGAUGAAAGGAACCCAAAGCCUUAAUUAUCUAUGUCUUCAUUACCCCCUUCCCCCCAAAGUCUGGAACUUUACUUCUGUAUGCAAACUGUCUUUCUAAUAAAUGGUAGCAACACAGAACCAUUCGAAAAAA